GUUUCGUUUUCUCUGAAAAGUGCAGUGGGUGUAGAGCAGAGGAGAAACACCGAGACACACAGCUGUAAUAACUACUCGCUUUCUAUCUGAAGCUACUGUAGAAGUGUAAACAAAGAACUUCUGUUCAUCAUGGCUGAGCCAAUGGAAUUGGACACGCUGAAUCCGAGUCAGGUCAGAGUACAAGAUCCAGACAAACCGAGGCAAACCAGCACGACCCCAAACACACAGGACUUACAUACAGCAGGUCUGGGAGAAUCGGGUCCGGGGGAUUUGUAUGCUACCAAGGAGUCUGAAGGCAUGGACAUUGAUCAAUCCAGCAGUGGAAACGAAGCAGACUUGUACACAGCAGCUCCAGGAGGAUCAGGUUCUGUGGCUGUUGCUGCUGCUCAGAUUUCUUCAAAGUCUGAGAAUUCUCCUACAGUAACUGAGGGACUUCACCACAAUCCUCUAGAGAUGGGAGCUUCAGGCCUGGAUUUGUACAGCGAUCCCUCUGCAGCAUCAGUCACUCCUCAGGUUCAUAUCAGUUUCAUAAAGCAUCAUCAGUAUGAUCAGGCUCUGAAUGGAUCAGACGAGGAAGCACAAAAUCCUGCUGCUGUUGCUGAAGGUGUUAAACAGAUGUCUGCUUCAGCAACUAAGAGUUCUGAUACAACAAACAACAAACCUCCUGAUGAUCAGAAGGUUACGGCAGAUAAGAAUGAGAUCUCACCUUCAGCUCCUCGAGAUGUUGCUAAGUUUUAUGUGAAAGUGGACUGGUCAGGAGAACUACCUGAUAAAUGGGAAAGACAUCUGCAAAAAGCUCUUCAGACCUGGUGUAACUCUGAAGUAACAGGGGAUUGCAAUAUUAAUGCAGUUCACCUUUUACAAGAUGGCUGCACUGCAGAGGUGGAGGUAACGCCAUCAUGUGCUUUAAAGGACAUGCAAACUGCCACUUUAACAUUCAAGCAACUGAGGAAAGAAGCCAAAGUCUACUUUCAGAAAAGUGAACUGGAGCCUGAGAAUAAAUCUUUCACUCUGAAGGAGUACAUGAAUGUGACUGCUGCUGAGACACAGGAUGCAGAAACAAUUGCAGAUGCAGGAGCUUCUUCUAUUGUCCAAAGACACAAUGAGAAUCCUGGAGCUUCUGGUGCUUUUACUGUCCCUCCAUUUUUAUACUUCUACCUGAUUCAAGCUUACAAGAAGGAGGUGGAAAAUAUUGAGAAUGAGUUUGGAGUUAAAAUAAAAGCAGAAACCUGUAUUUCGUUCUCUGCUGAGAAAAAUGAAAGUGAUUCAAAUGUCAGAAGAGCUACUGAGGCCUUUUCUGAGCUUUACCUGUCUAAAGCAAAUAAAACCAAAUCUAUUCCCAUUCCUCAAACACACAUGGAGUCCGAAAUUAUGAAGGAGGUGCUGCAUAAUAUUCCAAAUGAUAAGGCCAAGAUCAUGCUAAGCAUGUCAGCAAAUAACCACCUGCUGUUUGGGCCAGAAGACAUGAUAUCGACGGUGGCAAAUCGGUUAAAUCUGGAUGGAGGUGACGAACGAGCAUCAUUUAACCUCAAUAAGUCACAUAACAUGACGUCAUCAAGCAACUGGACUGAAACCUGGAAGACCUCCCAGAGCCUCGACAUGGACAUCAAGGACACUCACACUCAGAUUGAGAUGGAUGAGGCACACUGGCAGCUGAUGGAGGCUGCAUGUACAGAACAGAUUAGUGAGAUCCAAAAUAAAUAUGGAGUUGCGUUUCAUGCUGAACCUGUCCAUGGCUCGAUUAAGGUGUCAGCACGAUCUGUAGGAACUCAUAAGUUUAAUCUUGAAGCUCACGCCCUCAGUGCCUUAACUCAUCUCUACCAAAAGGUAGUCACCUCAGCGGUCACCUGUGACCUUAAAGAUGCUUCCUACAUUGAAAUUGUGUCCCAGGUAUUUAUGAGAAUUCAAUCUCAACGCACCUGUGUUGGAGGAGGAACAAGAAAUGGAAGCUGGAAACUUUUUGGACUUCCAAAACAUCUUGUUACUGCCAUAGGUGACAUCGAGAAGACUAUUGGGCAGCCUGUAUUUGAUGAAAAGAUGAAGAAAUUGCUCGGAUACCCGUGGAAAUUUUCACAGGCAAGUGGAUUUCAGAAGGAUCAAAUGGAGACGGAUGUGAUGGGAGGGGAGCAUGGAACUGACCUGAGAGGUGAAAGAGACGAUCCUGAGUUCACCCAAAAGUUCCCAAAGAAAACAAAAGAUGAUGAUAAAAAAGAAGAAAAUGAUGAUACGUGUCCAAUUUGCCUGGAUACAUUUACUCAAAAGACAAAACUAAAAUGUGGUCAUGAGUUCUGCAAAGGGUGUCUACAACAAUCAAUAAAGAGCAGCGGAGAAAUCUGCCCUGUGUGUAAGAAAAUCUUUGGGAAAUUAAAAGGAACGCAGCCUGAUGGACAGAUGAAUUGGCGAAUCCUAAAGCAUCAUUCUCUCCCUGGCUUUCGACAUUGUGACACAAUCGAGAUUCAUUACAACAUACCAAGUGGCAUUCAGACGACGGAUCAUCCAAACCCUGGAAAACCUUACCACGGAACUACUCGCACUGCAUACCUACCAGACAAUUCUGAAGGACAACAAGUGCUCCGGCUGCUGAAAAGAGCUUUUGAUGAGAAACUCGUCUUUACUGUUGGAUUAUCCACAACAUCUGGUAUAGAUAAUGCAGUGAUCUGGAACGACAUUCAUCACAAGACGAAUAGAGACGGUGGGCCACAGGGUUAUGGCUAUCCAGACCCUGAUUACUUAAGGAGGGUAAAAGAAGAGCUGAAGGCCAAAGGCAUUGAGUGAAUAUUAAAAAUACAGAAUUCUGAUAUCAUAUUGUAUUUAAAGCUGAAAUGCUUUUUAAAACGUUUUAAUAAUACUAUUAUAAAACAACCAAACACAAAAAGUAAAAGGCUGAAAUGAAGGUUAGCUCUGAUGCUGUGUAACACGCCUACUGUAGAUCAUUAGUCAGGUGAUGGAUUUACUUUAAUAUUCUGAUUGGUAGAUUUAAUGGAUUUCUUGUUUUCUCUUAAUUCUGUUUUUGUUCUUUAACAGAAAUGUUAAUGCCACUUUAUAGAAAUAGCUACAUUAAGUUUAGCACUUUCAGAUUAUGUGUGUGAUUUGAUUGCAUGCUUAUGUAAUGUUGGAAAUAAAUCAACCAUGAUAUAAAAA